AUGCGCAACCCCAUCUCAGGCCCCGGCAUCCUCUUCGUCCGCUCCCGCAUCGCACCCACCUCCCACCUCCUCCUCUCUGAAUCCACCUACCUCGCCUGGUACGACACCGAGCAUAUCCCCGACGUCCUCUCCACUCGCGACAUCACCAGCGCCUUCCGCUACAUCGACGUCUCCAAAACAUCUCCUGUGGGUGACUCGCGCAACCCAACCCCGUUUCUGGCAUGCUACCCCAUGCCCGAUCUAGCGUUUACACAAAGCGAAGAGUUCAGAGGGAUUAGUGUGAAGGGUAAGACGUUGCCGGGGAGUGGGGUCGUGUAUGAUGUUGCAGAUUUUGAAAUUAGUUAUUUGGGGUUUAGGGGGGCGACAGCGAGGAAAGGUGAUAGGCGAGCCAAGUUCAUCGUUACGGCUGGGAUCAGACCGGAUGAGGAACCUGGGGAGAAAGAGGUUAUGGAGUUCUUUGAGAAGCAAACGGCUGUGAUAUCGAAAACACCGCAUUAUAUUCGCACACUACAGUUCAAGUUGUUGUACGCAAGAACGAAUGCGCAGUCUCGCGCUUUGAAGGGGCUACCUACUAUCGAUGAGCCGCAUCCUGAGCCGUCGACUUGGUUGGCUAUCCAUGAGUUUGCAGAUUUGCCUGAAGACACGGUUUUAGAAAGUGUCAGGAAUGAUGUAGAAAAGAUCUUGGAUGGGUCAGGAAAUACCCAAGGGUGGGGGAAGACGGACAGUGAAGUGCAUGUUUGGAAAAUAGAUAGUGUUCAGGGGGAAGGCAAGUUAUUUGAUGACUGA